CGGCCGCAGAAGCCGGCUGGGCUGCAGUGCGAGCUGCGCACCGCCGCCACCACCCACAGGGUACACGGAGAGGGCGGGGCCGACUGCUCCCAGACGUCACUAUGGCUGCCGCUGAGUGUCCGGCGGCGGUGCGGCUCGCCGGAUUAGCGACGGUGCUGCUGCUGCUGCUGCCAGGCGUGAGAGCCAUCACUGGAGAGUCUGAGAUCCUGGAGCGUAUUCUGAACCCCACCAAGUACGACCGCAACGUGAGGCCGCCAGCAGAAAACGGCACAGGGGGACCGGUCGAUGUCAAAAUAGAUCUCCUCCUCCGCAGGCUGUUGGCAGUCAGCGAAGCUAAUAUGGACUUCACUGCCCAGCUGACGGUGGUUCUGACGUGGCACGACCCCCGCCUCAGGUACGACGACAUGGACACGGGACGCCGGCGGUUCGUGACGCUGACGGAGGUGAGCCGCGCCUGGCAGCCAGACGUGUUCUUCAGCGAGGAGAAGCAGGGCCACGUGCACGACAUCGUCACGCCCAACGUCUACAUGCGCAUCUCACCCGACGGCCUGGUGCGCUUCAGUGUCAGGACAUCGAUGGCGUUCGCCUGUGACAUGGAUUUCCGCCGGUAUCCGAUGGACACACAGACCUGCACUAUCUCUAUGCAGAGCUACGGGUACACGGAGGAGGACCUGCGGCUGUCGUGGAGCGACCGUGACGAGGUGCACUUCGUGAAGCAGCACAGCUCCGCCGGGCUGUUCUCCAUCGCCAGCCUGCAGACCGCCGACUGCACCGCCAGGGCGCGCGGAGGUGCUGGUGGUGGCGUACCUGGCGUACGACCAGCGGUGCCGGCGGCGGGCGCGGCUGGCGGACCCGGAGGCGGCGAGACAGCAGCAGCAGCAGCAGGAGGCGGCGCCCAGCCAGGCGGCCGACACCAACUCCUCCUUCGGCAUGAAGCUGCUGUCGCAGGCGGCGGGCGCGGCGCGCGCCCCCUCGGCGGACGAGGCGGAGGCGGAGGCCGAGGGAGAGGAGAGCCGCUCGGAGGGCGGCUGGCUGCGCGCCUGGCUGGGCUCCCCGGCGGUCGGCGGCCGCCUCGACAUCGUCUGCCGCGCCGGCUUCCCCGCCGCCUUCGCGCUCUUCAACCUCACCUACUGGGCCGCCGUGCUCAACUAGCCGCCUCGCGCCGCGCCGCGCUCCCCCGCGCGGCGAUCCUUCCUACCACGCACGUCUCUCACCUGAGAGACCGAGCACCAGAGACAUCACAGCCAGUACCAAGGCAGUAUAAGGAUGAAGCACCAGAGACAUCACAGCCAGUACCAAGGCAGUAUAAGGAUGAAGUCAGCAACCACGGCAAACAGAUAUCACUUGGCAGUGGCUGA